UAAAGACAUAUUUUUGGUAAUGAAAAACAGUCUGUUUUGAGACUGCGGGCCUUUGCACCUGACGAACUAAAACGUGGAGGAAUGCGGUUAUCUAUCCGUUUAAGAAAAUCGAGAAUGCGACACUGACUGCGACUGCGCGAAUUUGCAGGAAGUGUUAAUAGUCGUUUUACCAGCUGAUAUAUUGUCAACAGUCUCAAGACGGGGACCUCUGAUCGUUUCAGAGAGCGCCGAUAUCGUCACUGCAGAGAGAAAAAGAGGAGAGUUGGAGAAAGACUUCACGUCCCAGAGUCCCCUGUAGUCUGAGCUCCCAUCACUGGGAGGCUCCCACCCUCCUCAUCUCUGUCACCAUGGCUACCAGAGGGAGUGGCCGGCCCAACUGCAUGCUGCCCCAGACAAAGAUAUGCCAGUUUAAACUGGUGUUGCUGGGAGACAUGGCUGUGGGCAAGUCCAGCCUGGUGCUGCGCUUUGUCAAGGGACAGUUUGAUGAGUUCCAGGAGACCACCAUUGGAGCUGCAUUCCUGGCCCAGUCUGUGUGUCUAGACGACACCACUGUGAAGUUUGAGAUCUGGGACACGGCGGGACAGGAGCGCUACCACAGUCUGGCUCCCAUGUACUACCGCGGGGCACAGGCUGCUAUUGUGGUCUUUGACAUCACCAAGCCGGAAACGUUUGAGCGAGCCAAAGCCUGGGUGAAGGAGCUACAGAGGCAGGCUAGCCCCAACAUUGUCAUCGCGUUGGCAGGGAACAAGGCUGACCUGGCUGAGAAGAGACUAGUGGAGUACGAGGAGGCCCAGACCUAUUCUGAAGACACUGGGCUUCUCUUCAUGGAGACCUCUGCCAAGACGGCCAUGAAUGUCAACGAUCUGUUCCUGGCCAUUGCCAAAAAGAUGCCAAAAACAGACACCCAGAACCCUACACACGCAGCACGACACAGAGGAGUGAACCUACAGGACCCUGAUGCCCACAACACCCCAUCCUGCUGUGGUGGAGGAGGAGGGAACUAGGA